AUGGCCUUAUUGUUCUUCCUCUUUGUUUCCAACUUAGCUGCAACAACAACAAAGGGAGAAAACAGGAAAGAAGACCGGAUUGCAGUGUUGGCUACUGCAGAGCUGCCUGCUAAAUCACUUGAUUUGGCAGCAAUUAACCUGACUGAGCUGGUUAAUGGGAUGCUAAAUACAGCUCUCAAAGGCACCAAUAAAUUUUUCUCUUUGCUGAGUAUCACAUCUUACAGCUCGUAUGCCUUCCACAAGGUUUCCAUAGUCAUCUACAACAUAUCCAACUUGAAGAACGUUGACCCCACCAAAUUCCCCAUGAGGUACUGCUAUUGCUUAAACAACAGAACAAAUGACUUAACAGAUUUUACCGCUUUGCUGGUUGAUAUUGUUGGAAACACCACCAAUUAUCUGACCGAAAUUUUCAAGUCUACUUCAAUUUUGUCUGUGAGCCAGAGUAACAACACAGACUGUGUCUAUAUUUGUGUUAUGUCAGGCCGCACAGGCAGAAAUCUGUCCGACUUAUGGGAAGCAAUAGAGAAAUCUCCAGUUAUUAAUUACACUUUUUCGGGUAAUGUGUCUGAUCUCCUGGAUUUAAACUUGAUCUUUCCUGGUUGGAAGCCUUUACGGGAAGAUGCUGACAAGGUUUUAAGUGAUACUGCAAAGGGUACAUGGACAUUUAAAAGUGAGCAACUGCCUUCGUGGCUGCAGACUACUGCCUUGAAGCAGUAUGAGAUUCCUUCAGUUAAGGAAUCUUCAUCUUCUCCUGCUCCUGCAAACCCACCUCCUGCUCCUGCUGAAAGCUAUGAGAGUCCACCGGGAGAUCCGACAACACUUAUGGCAGGAAAUGUGCCUUUAUUUGCACUGCCUAUAUCUACGCAAAGGCCUGGAGUGUUACUGAAGGUGCAUUCUAGAUGUCCACAGGCAAUCAAGAAAGGGAGCUCUAUGACAACACCAUCUAUCCCAGUUCAAAAGAUAAACCCUUGCGUGAUGGAGCUGUGUAAAUUUUAUCAACAGUGCCUUUGUUCAAGGGACAGAAGCUACUCAAGAGAAGAUGCAAUGAGGUUCUGCAUUGAAAACUAUUCCUGGUUCUUGAAAAAUGCAAUGUAUGUCUGUGAAAAAGUCAAACGAACAGCUUAUUCCAAGACUCUAAAGCAAAAAUGCCUUGCAAGCAUUUGUAAGUCUAUUUAAAAACUCAAGAGGACCUGUUGCUUUCAAGAAGACUUGCACCAGUUGUUA